UCUUUACACAGAGUGAGAGGCUCUAAGCAGAUGAACACAGUCCAGUGUGCUCGCUAUGUUUACCAGACAGAAGGCAUCCGUGGCUUCUACAGGGGAUUAACGGCCUCGUAUGCUGGAAUUUCAGAAACUAUCAUCUGUUUUGCUAUUUAUGAAAGUUUGAAGAAGUAUCUGAAAGAAGCUCCAUUAGCCUCUUCUACAAACGGGACUGAGAAGAGUUCCCCGAGUUUUUUUGGACUUAUGGCAGCUGCUGCGAUUUCUAAGGGGUGUGCUUCCUGCAUCGCUUAUCCGCACGAAGUCAUAAGGACACGGCUCCGGGAGGAAGGCACCAAGUACAAGUCUUUUGUCCAGACCGCUCGGCUGGUCUUCCGGGAAGAAGGUUACCUUGCCUUCUAUAGAGGACUGUUUGCCCAGCUCAUCCGGCAGAUACCAAAUACUGCCAUUGUGUUGUCUACCUAUGAGUUAAUUGUGUACCUGUUAGAAGACCGUACCCAGUAAUGGGCCAGAAAAUUGUGCCCUAGAAGAAUAAAAUUGAAAAACUCUAGAGAAAAUUUUUUUUCCAUUGAUGUUUAGAAUGUUUGAGACUGAAACAGGAAAGGCCAUAAAAUAUGUGGCCUGUAUCACCCGUUGGACAUUUCCUUUUGGAUUCAUGUUUUCUGGAAGGUUUAAAUUCAUUAACGUUAAUAGUUAAUUAUAACUUUUGUUUUUUUAACUUAAGAGGAUUCAGGAUUAAGCAGCAGCUAAAUUAAAUCAUGCUACUUAAUUUAAGUAUAAA